GUUUGCCUGGGUGAUGGGAGGGUGAGGGGUAACUCAUGCUCGUCUACUGGCACAUUUAUUUUGGCUGAAAGAACGGGUUAGCUGCACAAUUGUUGUGAGAACAGGCUGUGUUGUGUGCAGACGAUAUCCAGAGCUCCAAGCUGAUGUAGACAUUUGGGCGUUUCUGGAAAGUGAGUGGAUUCCCGUAGCUACACGCGGUGUCUUGAGAGGCAGGUUCCAGUUUUAAUUCUUCAUUCCAAUAUUGUUCUGGACGGGAUAUCAGGUGCAGAAAAUUUCGUGAGAAACUAGAUCAAAGGGAAGUGACCGGUGAACUGACCAGUGGUGACCAGCUGAUAAAGAUGGCCCAAACGAUCGUCCAGCUCCACAGAAACCCAGGCGUACCGUGGGGAUUCAGGCUCCAGGGGGGACGGGACUUCUCGGCAGAACUCAGUGUUAAGAAGAUCCAGCCCGGAAGUCCAGCUGAAGGUCAUCUGUGGCCUGGUGACCGCAUCGUCGGCAUCGGUAACCAUGGCACCCAGAACAUGACGCACAUGCAGGCCAACCACAUCAUCAAGAGCGCCGGCAACGUCGUCCAGUUCACAGUCAUCAGAGGGCCAUCCACUGACUUCUCCAGUAUUAAACCCACCGGACCGGUCAAAUUUUCGCCGUGGAAGUACAACCAGCAGCAGCAGCAGCAGCCCAACUACUGAGAACAACAGCAGCAGCCCAACUACUGAGAGCAACAGCAUCCUAGCAUCGAUUCUUCUUUGACUAAAAACAUUAUGCCAACGUGUCUAAACUUUCGGACAACUCUAAUCAAAUGUGUAUGAUGUUCAGCUGACCUUUGUGAUUUAGAAUUAGUUUUUCUGUUAAGGACAGGUGUCUGUUUUCAAGGCGACCUGUUGAUGUACCUUGUAUCAAAUGUAAAGGUUUUCAAGGCGACCUGUUGAUGUACCUUGUAUCAAAUGUAAAGGUUUGGAUAUCGGUAUUCCGUCCAAGUAUUGUUGUUUAAUGUCGGGUUUCUCAGCACACGAUGUAGUCAAUGCACUUGUAUUCUUUGGGUGUAAGUCUAUGUAAUGUUCAUUAUAAAAGUAUGUUUUCAGAGCGCAAGUGAGGAGUUUCUAAGGAAGGAAAUUAUUUUAUUUUUAAGUAUGCUGUCGGCAAUAGCGUCACAAUGUGGGGGCGGGGUGGCGGACCACACAGGGUAUCACCAUUAAAUGGGAUGACACCAAAAUCAAUCUGCUUUGUUUAAUUUAAGAAAAGAAUAUACAACUUGUAUUACACCAAGUUGCAUAUUACUUACAUAUAUUUUUAUAUUCGUUGACAGUGACAUCAAGAUUUUCCGUACCGGGUGUCAUGCGACUUAAUGACCUCUGUGCCCAGUGUCACAUGACUUAGUGACUUCUGUGCACCGUGUCACAUGAACUAGUGACCUCUGUGCACAGUGUCACAUGACUUAAUGACCUAUGUGCACCGUGUCACAUGACCUAGUGACCUCUGUGCACAGUGUCACAUGACCUAGUGACCUCUGUGCACAGUGUCACAUGACCUAGUGACCUCUGUGCACCGUGUCACAUGUCUUAGUGACUUCUGUGGUUGUGAGGACACACAAGACAACUGGCAACCGACACAGCAACCAUUUCAAAACGCCCACAUUGUUGUCUUAUGUCAACAUUCGGUCGGCUGCAAGUAGAGCCAGUAGCCUAAGCAAGUAGAGCCAGUAGCCUACAUGACGGCUGCAAGUAGAGCCAGCAGCCUAUGCAAGUAGAGCCAGUAGCCUACAUGACGGCUGCAAGUAGAUCCAGCAGUCUAUGCAAGUAAAUCCAGUAGCCUACAUGACGGCUGCAAGUAGAUCCAGCAGUCUAUGCAAGUAAAUCCAGUAGCCUACAUGACGGCUGCAAGUAGAUCCAGCAGUCUAUGCAAGUAAAUCCAGUAGCCUACAUGAGCACAGGUUCUCUUGUAAUGUUAACUCAUGAUCCUCACACUAGAGGAGCCAAUGUCAGAAGAUCUCAAACAAUUUAUUACGACCCGAAGAAAAAGUUAACUAUAAAUGUGUCAAUCACAUGCUAAUUACUUAUUACAUUAAAUAUGUAAGCUGGCUUGCUUGUGCAAGUGGGUUCGGAGAAACCGCUUCAGCAAUAAUUUUUUCUCUUCGUGCAAUCUGUUGCCAGUUAUGUCUUAGUUCUUGCUGAGAGUGUACCGAAAUGGUAGACACAUUGCUUGUUCGUUCUCGCUUGAUUUCGCCCGUAAUAAAAAUAUUAGAAGCGAGUUUCUGGAGCAUGUAAAGAUGUUGUCGCUUUAAUCAAGCAGAGAUUCAAACUUUCUCUUGACCUAAACAAACUGAGUGUUCAGACGUCGCACUAACCUAGAACCUGGUUGCAGCAUUUAAAGAAUUCAAGUUUAUAUCACUUGUUAGAUAUCCGAAUGGAUAAAAUAUAUAACCAAUCAAUUAGCAAUCCCAAGGUAUUUAUUUAAAAAUUAAAUAGAGGACUGAAAAUACCAGGUCAUUGACGGGUCAUUUUUUCAGUCUCAUAAAGUGUAAUUCUUUUCUUACCGUCCCCUUCUCCACUCAUAUUGUUAGAGAGUGUAGAUAAAUGUUGACCUUCAACUCUGUGAUGUUGCUGAUGUGUGAUUUACUCUCAUUCGCGUGUUGUGACAUCAGGAUGUCUAUACCUUCAAUGUAUCGUGGAAUAUUUAAGGUGCUACUACCAUGUAUUAUAUCUCUAUGUGCACGCCAUGUAGCGGUCUUCACUGCUGGUGUGUGUGUGUCUCAGUUGGUGUGUGUGAUUCCCAGCUGUUGUGUGUGUGUCUCAGUUGUGUGUGUGUGUGUGUGUGAGUCCCAGUUGGUGUGUGUGUCUCAGUUGGUGUGUGUGUGUGAGUCCCAGUUGGUGCCAACAUGGUGAGCCAACAUGUAACAAUGGUCGAAUGUUUGUUAGAGUCGAGGCCACCUCGUUACUCAGCUGGUUUUAAAACAGCUGAGUCAGCGAUGUACAGCCAAACAGCUGGGUCAAUGAUAUAUGCAGAUCUGAUAGAACCUUAGUUUUGUCUAGGUCUAGGGUAUGGUAUAUCAGAUAGAUAUAUAACUUAAGCCUACAUAUACAUAUAUUAGUUGAAUAGAACUGUAAAUGUAUUCAACUUUCUACAGACAAUAUAGCCUGCACCAGUGUAAUGAUUCCUGUCGCACGUACCUUAUGUAUAUUAUAUUUGUAGCAAUCAUGAUUGUAUAUUUGAUGUUGCAAUCGUGUUUGUAUAUUUAAUAGCAAUCAUAAGUAUAAAUUCGAAGUUGUCCGUAGCAAUCAUGAAUUCAGUUUCUUUGCAUUUUUGUCAGUUAUUUCCCCUUUUUACGUUUUUUCUAAGUCAAUUAAAAAUGAGAUUUUCC